AGUGAGAACCAUCUGGAAAUUGGGCGGGGUGCUGGUGGUUAAUGUGCAGAGGAGAGACGGAGGCAGCCCCGCUACCAAGCGCGGGCUGCCCGGGAGAGCGCUUGCGUGGCCGCGGGGCAGCUUUUACAACACGCGGCGGCGGCCAGCGGUGUGUGCUGCCGCCGCCACCGCCUUAGGACGAAGAAUCCUUGCAGCGGCUCUUGUAUUGGCAGCACCCCGCCCCUUUUCUUCCUUGCUGGAUUCGGAAUGCCAGGCUUCCGAGGGACGCACAAGCUCCUGGGUCUGUAGCAGAAGCGGGGCAGAGCCUGCUUGUCGGCGGCAGGCUGAGGGAACGGUCCCCUCCAGCAGGUGGGGCAGAUCGGUUGGCGGUGGCUGCUGCAUCUGGAAGGGAUGGCACUGAGUAGGAGCAGGGCAAUAUUUCCUCUCUGCAUGGCUAGCCUUGGGAUUCUGCUCCUUGUUUAUGCUCUCCCUGCUGAAUCUGGAUUCGGUCAGAACGUGAAGCACGGCCCAGAUAUCAUUGACGACAACAACAACAUCACCAUCUUUACCCGCAUCCUGGACCGGCUGUUGGAUGGCUAUGACAACCGCCUGCGCCCAGGGCUGGGAGACACAGUAACGGAAGUCAAGACAAACAUUUAUGUGACAAGUUUCGGCCCAGUCUCGGACACUGAUAUGGAGUAUACCAUCGAUGUCUUCUUUCGGCAGUCAUGGAGGGAUGAGAGGCUGAAGUUUGACGGUCCAAUGAAGGUCCUUCCCCUGAACAACCUGUUGGCCAGCAAAAUAUGGACCCCAGACACGUUUUUCCACAACGGCAAGAAAUCAGUAGCCCACAACAUGACUACGCCCAACAAACUGCUCCGCCUGGUGGACAACGGCACGCUGCUCUAUACCAUGAGGCUGACCAUUCAUGCGGAGUGCCCUAUGCAUCUGGAGGACUUCCCCAUGGAUGCCCAUGCCUGCCCACUGAAGUUCGGCAGCUAUGCCUACACCGAGACAGAGGUGAUCUACACCUGGACCCUGGGGAAAGUGGAGGUGGCCGAGGGAGGCUCCCGCCUCAAUCAGUAUGACCUUCUGGGCCACAAUGUGGGGAGAGACUCCAUUGACUCCAGCACAGGGACCUACAUUGUGAUGACCACUUACUUCCAUCUCAAGCGCAAGAUCGGGUACUUUGUCAUUCAGACGUAUUUGCCCUGCAUCAUGACGGUCAUUCUGUCUCAGGUCUCCUUCUGGCUCAACAGGGAAAGUGUUCCAGCUCGGACUGUGUUUGGGGUCACCACAGUCCUCACCAUGACCACUCUGAGCAUCAGCGCAAGAAACUCUUUGCCGAAAGUGGCAUAUGCGACGGCCAUGGACUGGUUCAUAGCCGUCUGUUAUGCCUUCGUGUUUUCUGCGCUGAUCGAGUUUGCUGCAGUCAAUUACUUCACGAAACGCAGUUGGGCCUGGGAUGGCAAGAAGGUGCUGGAGGCCCAAGAACUGAAGAAAAAAGAGCAGGUCACAUUAGCCAAGAAGACCAACAACACCUACAACAUUGUGGGGACCACCUAUGCUCUCAACAUCACCAAAGAACCAGGCCUGUCCACCAUUGCCAAGAGCGCUGCGGCCACCGCCACCACGGCCACGCCUCCUGCGGCUGCCGUUCCCUCAAAGGUGCCCCGACUGGAGGAGAAGCCUCCCGAGAACAAGAAGACCUACAACAGCGUCAGCAAGGUAGACAAAAUGUCCCGCAUCGUCUUUCCCGUUCUGUUCGCCAUUUUCAACAUGGUCUACUGGGCGACCUAUGUCAACCGGGAGUCAGCCAUCAAGGACAGGAUCCCCAAGGAAUGAACCCAGCCCCACAGCCCUUCCAUCUGUCCAUGAGACGCAGGGAUUUCUUUGCCCCCUGGCUGAUGGGACGUCCAUUUGAUCUAUUGUUAUUAUUGAGUUUAUUCAGCUGACUUCCUUCCUCUUGCCCUGCAAACCAAACUGUGAUUUUUUUAAAACAAAAUUACCAAGAACAUUCAAGUUAUUUUUUAUUAAUUUUUAUUUCUUUGUGUUGUUGAGGGAUAACAUGUCAUAGAAAAGAGUGCCUCUAACAUGGCGUGUCUGGCCUCUGCCCCUCCCUCCCCCUCCACCAUCCCCUUGGGGGAGGCUGCCUGUGUGGCUUGCUCCCUUUCAUGCUGAAUGCCAGGCAGGCUUCAUCCGCCCUCCAACCCCUUCACAAGGAAGUCUGGCCUCCUGGAAUGUGGCUGGUGAGGCUAGCUUAGUGACUUCUCUUUCUUGGGCAGUAGCCACUUUCUGGUGGAGUAGCUGUUGCCUCUGAGGAACAGGAAGUUCCCCGUCUGGGGAGCAAGCUGGCUAUACUUUGGGGACUGCCAUUAGCAGAGGGUGGAGAAGGGCUGGAUGAAGGCCUUGCUGUGACCACCUGCCGACAGACCCAGGUGGGCCAUGGAGUUUGGGCAGGUUCUGUGUUAGCUCAGGGCAAUGACUUCGCGUGAGCAGGUGGCAACACUGGGCACCCUCCUCCCCCAUGUGCACACGAGCAUUUCCACGCAUUUCCACGUGUGCAUUUCCUCUGGGCUUCUUCCUGAAUGUACCUUUACAAGUGAUUGCAUUCUCCUCACAGAGACCUCUACACACUCUGUUUGUAAAGGUUGUGGUGGGCGAUCGCGCCUCAUGAUGCCACCUUCCAGGAGCUGGGCAAGGAAUGGACUGGCCUCUUCAUCUUGCACCUCUUAAGAUUUGGGGAGGGGAAGGAAAUGAGCUCUGCUGCUGACCGUCCUAAGGAACUGUUAGAAAACUGUUGGAGAAGCAGGAAGGAAAUGCACUUGGCCUGGCCAAGAUGGGGGAAGGGGUUUUGUUAGCCCCUUCUACCCCCCAUGGACCCCCAAGCUCAUUACUCACUUGGCUUCUUUGUAUCUGCAUGGAUGGCAGUCCCUCCUGCUAGGGUCAAAUGUGCCCCUCCCCACUGGCAUUGUUAUCUGCUGCUGGGUGAGCUCUUGGGACGUGUGGGGUGUGCAUUCUCUCCCCGCCCCACCUGGGCCCCUUUUUUCGAGUGAUGCAUAUGUGUGCUCAUGCACACCAUUGCAUACCAAAAUAAUUAAAAUCCAACCUGUUUCAAUAUGCAUGAUUGCUCAUGUGCGUGGAUUACUUUGGGGUGGGAGGAGAGGAAUGCAAACGAAUGGAGCACACUGUGCUUGUCCAAAUCCUGAAAUUAAUUAGAAACUCUUCCUGUGAAAAUCAGGAAACAAACAGAGCAGAAGCCGAUCCAAGGAAGAGCCGCUCAGUGAAGUGGGGGCAAUGCACUCACCCCCACACUUCCCUUGAAGCUCUUCCUGCAAGGCCAAUGGCCGCCUGAGAAAGCAAAGGGGCGGCUCCUGCAGCACAGCCUCAAGGACGGGAUUGGACAAGCAGGCUUGAGGGGCCAGUCAGAGGGGCCUGAGACGUGCCUCCUGGCAAACAGCGCUCAGGAUUUCCUGGUCUUGAUCCAUGCUCUACUCUUCAUCCCUCACAGCAGGUGGCCAGAGAAUAGGCUGGUCCUCACAACCAAAAGCUGGGUAGGAGGAGCACCCUGUGUGGGCUUGUGAAAUGGCCAUGUGUCAGCACAAUUCAAGACAAGAGGAGGGGGAAGUGAUCAUGCACUGGCUGCGAUCCAGGUUGGACGGCCACAGCCAACCCAUAUGGUGUGCCCAGCACUGUAGUGAGGGUGGAGGGAAAGCCUGUCCCGCCUCGUCCCGCCCAGAUCUCAGCUGGCACACAUUCACUCCCCCACCUCUUGUCUCGAUUUUUGCCAACAGGUGGCCAUAUCUCGGGAGCACACAUGGAGCCUUGCGGGACAUUCUCCUCUUCAGACUGGUUGUCAGAACCAGCUUCAUGUCUGCCUUCUAGAGCCCUGCUCAGCUUCACCCUUGUGAUUCCUAAAGCUCUCUUUUUGAAGGUUCUUUUGGGUUCUUGUUUGUGUGUUAAGUUCUGAAGUAAUGGAAACAAACAUGCAAUUCUUCGUAAAAACAAUUAUUGCCUUUCAGUUUCCAUUUUGUGUUAACUUCUUUGGGCUUAAUAUGGCCACUUCGCAGUUUGUCAAGUCAUAUAUGAAUUUGGGGGGCAAAUGUUCAAGCUUUUGGAUUUUGAACCUUUUUAUCAAACAUUCAUUUUAAAUAUCAUUUUCCUUUGUUAUACACAAUGAUUUCAAGUCUUUAAAAAUCCUCUCACUGUGAAGACAUUUAAAUCAGUGCUUUUUUCUUAUUCAUGAGUUACGGAUCCCAAGACUGAGUUGUCCUUUUGAAUAUCCACUCUGUCCUUCCGCCCCUGCCCCUGCGAGAGUCCCGCAGGAAGCUGUGGCUCACUACAGUCAGAGACUCGUCCUGGGGUGGUGCUGCGCAAGACAUUCUCACCCAGCCUCAGUUUCCCUGUCUGUAGAACAGGACAAAGAAAGGUUAAAGAUGUCAGAAUGUACCUGCUGGAUCAGACCAAAGUGGGACCUCCUAGUCUGGCAUCCUGCUUCUCCCCACAGUCAGAUGCCUUUAGUAAACUCACAAGCAGAGGCAGAAGGCAGCAGCAGCAGCAGUCCUCUCUACCAUUGCACCCAAGCAGGGAUAUUCCAUGGCAGACUGCUCUUGAAGCUGGAGGUUCCAUGGGGCCAGCAGAACUAGUACCUACAGCAAGUCUUAUCCUCUGUGCAGUUGUCUCAUUCCUUUUCAAAGUCACCUAAGUUGUUGUCAUCUCUACAUCCUGGGGAGUGAAAUCCAGAACUUUCUUUGGCAUGCAUUUGGCAUGUUUUUCAAGGGUGGGCAUAGCGAAACUAGUGUUCUUGUUGCAGUUCUUUUCCCUUUUGCCCCUUCAGUUGUGGUGUGAAGGCUAACUUCCCACUUAUUGCCCUACCAGACUGCAAAGAGAGGAGAGCUGGUCUUGUGGUAGCAAGCAUGACCUGUCCCCUUAGCUAAGCAGUUGCAUAUUGGUUGCAUAUGAAUGGGAGACUAGAAGUGUGAGGACUUACAGAUAUUCCCCUCAGGGGAUGGGGCCACUCUGGGAAGAGCAGAAGGUUCCAAGUUCUCUCCCUGGCAGCAUCUCUAAGAUAGGGCUGAGAGAGAUUCCUGCCUGCAACCUUGGAGAAGCCGCUGCCAGUCUGUGAAGACAAUACUGAGCUAGAUAGGCCGAUGGUCUGACUCAGUAUAUGGCAGCUUCAUAUUUUCCUAUGUUCCUAAGCAUAGUUUGUGUUUUUUACCCCUUCCCCCCCAUCAUACUGGACUUCAUCUACUGGACCACAGACCCAUUUGUACCCAAAAAACUUAGAUGUAGCAAACUAGAAAGUGUUCCCAAAUAGGACUCCUUGAGCUGAUUUAGAUGGUGGAAGUCCUUUGGAGGGCGUGAGUGGCAUCAAUUCGCCAUGUUGAAAAAAAUACUCUGAGAACUAGAGAAGUGGAGACUAUUGGGGAGGAAAAGCAUGAGGCUUCAUCCGAGGCAGUCACAGGAGCCUCUGUGUCUUUGCAUAUCUGGAAAUCAUGCAUGUGAUGCCCUCAGUGGGUGGCUUAUAGACCAGCCCCUCAGUCUGGCACAGGGGAGCCAUGCAUGAAAGCAAGCAGGAUCAGGACCUGCAGGCAUCGAUUGAAUGCACACCCAAAUAUUCACAGGUGUGUGGAUGUGGAGCCCAAAUAUUCACAGGUGUGUGGAUGUGCAGAGGCCUAAGAUCCAUGGUGGGGCCCCUGCUUUGAAUGCAGAAGGUCCCAGGUUCCAUCCCUGACAGCAUCCCCAAACGGGAUCUCAGGGAAGACUGGGAAGACCAGCUGGAAAGACUUUGCUUUGCCUGAGCCUCCACUGAGCCGAGCCAGCCAAGGUCGGCAAACUGGGCUCAAGGGUGUGACUCUGCAGGAGGCAUCUUAGUGUGCAUUGUUCUCACAAGGAGGCCGGCAACAACAUUCUGGGGCAACUCUUCUUGAGCAGCAUAAAUAUCUUCAUCGUGCACAGCUAGAGGUGUGUUGGGGCCCAGGAGCAAUGCUUGGGGCUGGGAGGGGGGGUCUCAUGUGGCGCUCUGCUUGUGGAAUUAUUCCUGCAGGCACCUGGACCAGGGACACCCUUGGAACAGACUAUCAGGUGGAUUCUCGUCUUCUGGAAGGAAAUCCCCCAUCUCUCAUGAGUUUCUCUUUCCUGAAAAGCCAUGGGAGGUGGAGGCCAGUUCUGCCAUGAAGACUCCCUCUCUAUGAAUCAGUCCAGAAUCUUUCAACAACUGCCAGUUCUCUAGGGAAUCUCACAGAAACAAAGGAACUGGAAUAGAGAAGUCUCUCUUUAGCUGAGAUGGAUUAUGGUGGGUGUCAGCUUCCCUUGACGCCAGCCCGCCUGGCGCACUGAUAAGCCACAAGCUCCAACGCUCUCUGCUCCAAAGCAGAAUUCUUUGCCCUCUUAUGGGGUUAAUGCCACCCCUGACAUUGCUGAGGGCUCUGCAUUGCCUUUGAGGUCUGCUUAGUGCAUCUCCUUUCUAAAUUAUUAAAACAUGUCAACACUGGAGGAGAUUAGCUGUUCCAUGACUUCCCUCCUCAGGCAAGAGCUUUGCUUCAGGGCAUGGCUGUGUCCCGCCCUCACUCUUUACCUCUCGGGGUUGCGGUGCCCAGCACAGGGAGCAGAGGACUGUCUGUGGUCUUCUCUCUUGGAUGUGGAGGCCCAGGGCAAGCUUUCUUCAGGAAGACUUUGCCGUUCCUAGACAACCUUCCAGGGCCCCCCUUUCAAAAGGGGAUUUUAAGGGAUAUGAAGCUGCUUCCUACUGAGCCAGACCAGACCAGUACUCCCUGCAUGGACUGGCAGCAAUUCUCCAGGGCUUUAAAGAGAGAAGGGUCUUUCUCAGCCCUACCUGAAGAUGCUGCCAGGGAGUGGACCUGGGACCUUCUCUGUGUGAAGCAGCAGGGGCUCCGUCACUGAGCUACCAUCCCUCCCCAUGAGCCUCUUCUUGCAAAGCCGGCUCUAGCAGGCACAAACAGACUUCCCUGUUAAUUAAUGCAACACAAGCUCAUUAAGAGAAUCUGCUUCCUAAAGGACCUCAGGCUGGGCUGCUCUUGAAAACAUUGCCUGGGCUGACAGGGAGGAGGGCUGCUUUCUCUUCCUUUCACGUGUGCAAACAGACCGAGAGGUCUCCAGUCAUCUCUGCAGACAUCCAUAAGUAGGAUAUUUAUAUACUGCUUUCCAGCAAAAACAAGUUCACGAAGCAAUUUGCGUAGCAAAAAGAAUGAGAAGAUAGUUCCCGUCUGGAUGAAGGUUGCCAGAAAUGGCACCCCUUGCAGCUGCUCGGCUGCUGAAUAUUUCAAACGCGACUCGUGCCUGGGUGGUUUUUUUUUUGGUCUUUUGUUUUGGCAAGUCCUUUGCUCUCCCUGUGUGCUUCUCUGCUUCUCCUCCUGUGUUUGCCUCCCACUCUGCUGAGACCAUUUUGUCGCCUGCCAAACAGUGGGCGGGAUGUGGGUGGGUGUUGCCUGCCAGCUUUUAGGAGGAGGGACAAUGCAGAGCAGAAACAGUAGCUGGUCCAGGCACUAGGAGAGGUGCAGAAAUGGGCCCUCCUAGGGGUGUUGCUAUAAUUGAGCAGAUGGGUUCAAAGAACCCGGGGCCCCUAGCUCCUGAGGGCCUCCCAGAUCCACCCCUCCCUAUUUUCUUCAUUAUCUCCCUCCCUCCGAGGGGCUGCUGGGGGAGAGGGGUGAACACGAGCCCCCUCUCCCCUAGCUACUCCCCUGGGCCCACCCUUGUUGCUUCCCCCAGGUGCAGCCGGCUCUUUUGCUGAUGGGCAGGGAGAUAUCUAGGGCUCAGCAUUUUGAGUAAAAAUGGGAAUGGGUGCAAGUGAAACAGACAUGAGAACCCAUUGUUGCAGUGACCAAAAAGGAAGACUAGUCCCUGCUGACAGGGAUUCAAGGAUCCCGGCUUCCAUCUUGAUGACCCUGAGGAUUUCUCAUCAAGCUAUAAGUUGCUAUAACCAAAAAUGGAACCUCCCCAUUCAGGAGCAAUGUCCCACUGAUUUCCCAGACGUUGGGUAUCAACAGGAAGCAAUGGAUAUAUCCACCAGGCACUGCUUCUUAGAGUUCCUGAAGUCACCUGGCUGGACUCUGUUGAUGAUUAAUCUUUUCAUCCAAUCCAGCAAGGAGGCUCUUGUGGUCUUAAGCAGGCUAAAGAAGAGGCUCCAGCAGAAGUUCUUUGAAAGGGAUAUAAGCAACCCUUAAAGGUGUCAAAGGAAAGGCUUCAGAACUUAAUGCUCUUAAAAAGAUAGCUUUGUUUCUGGGACAACAGUUUUAUAGGUCUUGCUGCUGGGAGGAAAGGGGUGUCUCAGCAGAGUGAUUCUUAUAGGGCAGUGCUCCUAUUUGGGCGAGGAGGCAAAUAUUUGGGGAAGUGUGAGCUGAAGCCUGCCAGCCAACAGGAGCAUCUUCUGAGUUUAGAUUUGCUGAGAUGGUGCACAAAGCAAUCAGGAUAGCAAUCCAGGAUAGGAUCCUGCACACAUCAACCCACUCUCUGGAUGCAGACCGCAGUGUGCCAGCAGCAGAGAGCAGACGUGAGCAAGAGGGGUUUGCAGCCUAGAAGAAGCCUGCUAGAUGGGCUGCUUGCCUCCAGCUCACUGGAGAGCCUACUCUGCGAGUGACCUCUGAGUCUCUAAGUCCCCCCACCUUCUGGCCAGCCUUUGACACUCAAGCAACAAGCCUAGUGGAGUUCUGUGUCAUCUAAAUCGAUCUACACAUUCUGCACUGGCAACCUAUUGAGUUUGUGCAGACACACUGGCCCUGAACAGCUCUGCAUAGCAAAGAGGAAAUACCCAGCACUGAAUGUGGUAGCGAUCUACAAUCCCAUUCCAAAACCUACCCCUAGAAAAUACAGUUCCCAGAACCAGCUUUCUCCAGGUGCCAAACAGCAGGGAGAGCUGAAGCCGAGAUCCAGCAAUGCAACCAAAACAAUUCCAUACACACAGUUGAAAUCUGGAAACAUUGCAGAAUUUUGAGACUGACCUUUUGGAAUUUCAAACAUUUCAUAUUUGAAGUUUGCCUUUUGAGAGGUACUUUUCCUCUUUAAUCUCACUGAGCAGUUUCAAGGCGAUAACGUUAAGUACUGAUGUAUGUUUCCAGCUUGCGGGUUGGGGCUUUUAAAAACUAUUAUUAUAAAACCAAAUGUAGUGGUUUUAUGGUCAGGCCCUGGAACGUGACCCUCCAUCAAGCUCAAUGGAGCUUGGACCAGCAUGUCACAGUGUACCUAGCACUGUCUGGCAGUGAUGUAGUCACAAAUUCAGAAGUUCAGGCGCUCUCCAUGACAGCCCCGAUAGCCAUACCCACCCUGAGAGCCACGCCCAUCCCAAUGGUUGUCUGUUACCUGCCUGAAACCACAGAGAGCUGCUACCAGUCAGUACUGUAGACAAUACUGAGCUGGACGGACUAAGGGUCUGACUUAGUGUAAGGCAGCUUCCUAUGUUCUUCAGACAGGAAGAAUGGUAAUAAAUGGUUGGACUAGCAAGAGCAGCACGUGGUUUCCAUGUAGAAAGCCAAGGGUUUGGCAUCCCUGCUGAGACCCUGGAGGGAGAAAAGUACCAGGACAGGACCCCAUCCCUGCAGCACUACACCACUGCUGUCUGGGACCACAUUUCCUUUGUUGGGCAGUCAGAGGAAUCUGGAAAAUACUCCUCAGGUCUAUAGCUGUGGUGUUGCUGUUUAUCAGCACUUAAAAUUUCACUAAUCGCUUUACUAUGUCCUCAUGACUACAGCUAAUGCAGUAAAGAAUUAACCACAAUUGCUGAGCCUGGUGUGCUCCCACGAAGCAUGGUGUGAGACUAUAUGAUAAUAUGAUAAAUAUUUAUAUACAGCUUUUCAACAAAAGUUUCCCAAAGUGGUUUAUAUGAAAUAAAGUGAAUAAAUAAGUAACCUGGAUUUCCCAGGCAAUCCUGGUCAAACAGCUGCAGUUAAACUACACUUCGCCAGGAUAGAUAACGGGAAUCUGAUCAUAAUUAUUGAUCCCAGUUAAAUGCAGUUUAUCCGAAAGGAUCGUGGUGGUGUAGUGGUUAGAGUGCUGGACUAGGACUGGGGAGACCCGAGUUCAAAUCCCCAUUCAGCCAUGAGACUUGCUGGGUGACUCUGGGCCAGUCACUUCUCUCUCAGCCUAACCUACUUCACAGGGUUGGUGUGAGGAGAAACUUAAGUAUGUACGCCGCUCUGGGCUCCUUGGAGGAAGAGCGGGAUAUAAAAUGUUAAACAAAUAAAUAAACAAACAAAUAAAUUAAAUGGCAAUCUGUCUCAAGCUGAACAUGAGUCAGCAGUGUGAUACAGCUGCAAAAAAGGCUAGUACAAUUUUAGACCAUUGUAACUAUUGUUUCAUAGAACUGAGAAGAAAUGGAUCCACUUUAUUCCACACUAGUCAGAUCUCUUUCGGAGUAGUAUGUCCAGUUCUGGAUGCUGCACUUUAAGAAGGAUGUAGAAGAGCUGCAUUGGGUUCAGAGGAGCACAAAGACAGUCAGGCAACAAAGAUUACCAGAGGUCUGGAAAACUAGCCCUAUGAGAAAAGGAAGGGAUGUUUAGCUUUGAGAGAAGAAGUAGAGGCUGAGUGGAGACCGGUUGGCACUCUUCAAAUAUCUGAAGGGCAGCCACCUAGAAGAGGGCAACUAACGACAUGCGUGAUCAGGUCACCAAUGAAUACAUUGAGGGCCAGGAGGCCAAUGCAGACAGAUGAUUACAUGGAACAGCAAGGGGAAGCAGCAAGGCUGCCGAAGGAAGAGCUGAAAUGGAGGCAUUCGAUGGAAGACUGACAGAGAAAGAGUUGACAAGCCGAGCGAUGAGAUGAGAAGGGCCUGCCUGUACAAGAGAUUUAACCACAUCAAAAGUAAGACCUGAAUGCAUUUCUGAAAUAUUAUAAAGAAAGAAAUGGCAAGACUUAGCCACAGAAGAAGUAAAAGGGUGAAAAGGAAGAAGAUCAAAGGCAACUCCCAGACAAGGGAUGGAAGAAGCUGUGUGUGAAUCUUAAUCCAGCUGAUACUUUGUACAGAGACGGUCUCUGGAGACCUUGGCAGGGGCUGCUCCCCCCUCCAUUGCAUGGAAAGGUCACAGCCUGGACUUAAAUGGGUGAGGGAUUUUGUUGUCAGAAAGAAAAGACAGGCCCAAAAGAAACUGCUCUUUCCAGUGUUUAGCAAGAAAGGGCAGAAGAGAAAUCAUGCAGGAUGGGGGAUCAAGAGUGGGCUGGAGCUUUUUAAAACUUCCACUGAUUAGGGUCACUGUUCAGAGAGCGAAGGAACAGAAUCGCCCACUUCAGCAAGAGCAUCAUCGAGAGAAGAAGUGGAGGUGGGAAUAGGUGAAAGAGAGACCCACGAAGGAGACUUGCAGGCGUAAAUGCAGCCGAGGGCUCAAGCCGUGAGAAAGGACAGCCGGUGUAUAAAGCUGCUGAACUUUAUUGGGGAAAGAAGCAACAUUAAGAAGACCAAAACUAGACGUGAUUGACUGUGAAUUUGGUGAAAGCUGGGAUGCUGAGAAGGAGAAGCAGGGAGAGCCUGGGGUGAGGGUGGGAUGGCAUAUCAUCAGCCAAACCUGAGAAGAGAAAGAACAAAGAGUAGCAGGACACCACUCCCCUGCCCCGACAAAAAGGCCAUUGAGAAGCGAUGGAAAAGCUCUUUCUGGCUCUUGCUUGGGUGGUUUCCAGAGGGGACACCUGGUGGGCGGGGCUGAUACUAAGCAGCUGCCUUUAAGGCAACCAGACCCUUGUUUCUGCCGCCUCCUCCUUCUCCAUGCAGGGGGUGGUAGCGUAGCAGCUUCAUGAAAGCUUAAACACUUUAGUAACGCCAAAUUAGAAACAAUCCUCUGAGUAUGUAAAGCUAAACAGAGAGAGGAGGCAUGCUGGAAAGAGGCCGUGCCGCCUUGGUAUGAUAUUGAUGGCUGCAAGGUAUAAAUAUUUAGUGGACGACCUUGUUGUUGUUCAAGCAGCCAGAUGCUACCGGUGAUCUACUUUUGCAGCUCAUAAAUUGGUUGAGUUCAAAAGGGGAAGGAAGAAAUCAUUUUCCCUUUGUAGCCGGGGGGAAUGUUGGGCUCGGAAUCACAAUUUCCCUCUGUCUGUGCUGUUUUACAAAACAUGAGAACAAUGACAUUAAAAUCAGGCCAUGAGAAAGGGGGCCUUCCUUUUGGUGGCAGGAAAAUCAGGGUGGAGCUCAUCACGUGGGUCUGUGUGGCUUUUUCCGGGCUUGCCGCCAGGCUCAAGGGCACUGAGGUGUUGAGGAAGGAGGCCACUGAUGCCGCCCUUUGGCUAGUGACACCCCACACCCUGAGCAUUCCUGACGCUGGGCGCGACUUUCAAAAACCCUCAAGGCUGAACAGGAGUUCCAGGAACUGUCCAGUUAUGGCCCACAGUGCCACCGCAGUGAGUGGCAGGUGGCCACUGGACCCAUAGAGGAGCGGUCUAAAAGCCUCCCACGAUGACAUUGCGUCAACAAGAAACGUUAUUACUGUCAGCUAGAGAAAGCCUCCCAACAUGGGCCACCCUCAGACCUCGUGCUUUAAAAUUGUGCAGUCCCUCAUGCAUUCUGAUUAAGCAUCAGAAGUGCUGUUUAAUUCCUGACUGACUCGUGCUGUGGUCCACCCUUCCCUCCCUACCCCAUGAAUGGAACUGAUGUGAGUGAAUCGGUCAAGAGCCUGCCUCAGCACAGAAGGCUGGACUAGAUUAUUAUUAUUAUUAUUAUUUACAUUUAUAUCCCGCUCUUCCUCCAAGGAGCCCAGAGUACUACAUAAUUGAGUUUCUCCUUCACAACAACCCUGUGAAGUAGGUUAGGCUGAGAGAGAAGUGACUGGCCCAGAGUCACCCAGCUAGUAUCAUGGCUGAAUGGGGAUUUGAACUCGGGUCUCCUCGGUCCUAGUCUAGCACUCUAACCACUACACCACGCUGGCUCUUUGGCCUUUGGGUACAUCUCCCUCCCUGUGAUCUCUUGCUAGGACAGAGCAGGAACCAGAUUCUCCUUCUCACUGCCCGAAAUCCACGAGGGUGCCACCAGUUCUUGCAAGCUGCAUGCAUGAGCUAUACCCGUGGGCUAGCCAUGGGAGAGGAAACUCUUUGCAGGCUUCUGCAACCAUUGUAUUCUGCAUCCAUGCCAUGUGGGCAUGGAACCCUGAGUGGGGGGCAGGAAACUCUCUCGUCUUGCCUUCAGAGUUGCUUCUCAGCCUAUCCUGCACCAGAGGGGAGAAGUGUCAGUGGGAGAUGGCUAGUGGAAUCCAGGAGCCCAGGCAAUGUUUCCACAGCAGCUCUUGCCAACAAUACUCAAAAAUCAUGUCAUUGGCUUCUCUGCCCCACCGAUGUUGAUGCUUGUCUCUGAAGGGCCCCCCAAGUGUUCAGGGCCAUAUUUUCUACAAUGCCUCCCCCCGCCCAGCUCUCAGCAGUUGUUCCUGUUUCUCCAUGGGUGUUUGCUUAAUAUAGUUCUUCACUGCCUUUCAAAAACCAGCUUCUUACACAGAGAGCCAUUUUAUUUGGGGCUGGCCUCAGCUGUGUCUCUGGCAGCUUUUAGAGCCUUCCAAAAGACCGUGAGGGGCCGUUCUGCUGUAGCAACUUCUCUUUUCCCUCCGAGGGAGUGCAGGCGAGGGCCUUUACUAAUGCCCCCCCCCCACAGGAAGAAAGUAAUAGGGUGGACAGAGGGAGGGCUCUCCUUUUGUCUCGUGAACUAGCCGCUGCAAAUGAGCCUUCCCCUAACCUGGAGGUCCAAAGAGCUACAGUGCAGAGCCUUAUCUAGGUAAAUUGGGCAGGGGGUGUGUGGGAGUGCGUGAUGGUAGUAAAAACACGGUCACCUCUGUCCUGGGCUGCCCUUGUGUAGGCUUUGCGUUUCCCUUCCUCUGCCAAGAGAUGUGUCACUGGGUGAAUAACUUCAGAAGGAGGAAACCAAAGGCUGCCUUUAUCGGUCUCCCCAAGGCAUUUCCCUGGCUUCCUCUGUGACAGCUCACCUGCAGGGAAAGUGGUGGCUGUGGAGGGGUUCGGGGGCCUUGGCCUUGGCCAACAGUCUCUAGAGCAGGGCUGUUCAACUUCGGCCCUCCUGCAGAUGUUGGCCUACAAUUCCCAUAAUCCCUGGCUAUUGGCCACUAUGGCUGGGGAUUAUGGGAGUUGUUGUUCAAAAACAGCCACGGGGCCUCAGUUGAACAGGCCUGCUCUAGAGUCUGUGGGCCUUCUCUUCUCGACCCCCACCUUGUCAAAAUUGCUCCAAAAACAGCUCUUCAAGAAAGGGACCUGCAAGUCCAUGAGAGGCUCCCAGGAGAAGAAGGCACGGCUCUCACCCCACUGCUGGCUGCUUGGGCCAUGGUCCAGGGACCUCAAGAUGGGGGCACCAGCCAUUUUUAUGAGCUGCAGUGCUGGUGCCCAACUCAGGGUGUUAGUGAGGGGGCAGCCCAUCCUGGCAGCCAGGACCUCCCAGAUGCCCCCCCCUCCAACUGCCUUAUGUUGUGUCUGCCCCCUCCUGGCUUCCUCCUGUUUCUCCUCUCAUAUCGUGGGACUGUCUUUAUGCAACUCCGAGAGAGAAACCAGCCAGCAGCAGCUGAACGCAUGACAAUCCUCUGACUAGUCCUCAGACCGCCACAGCUGUAAAUAAUUUGUGACUAGAAAAAGAUACAUCUCCUUGAUUUUGUUCUUUUUUCUUUAUGGAACUGGUUGUCAGCUGCCUUCUUAAGGGAUGUACUUAUGGAAACUGUGAUUUCUCUCUCUCUCUCUCUCUCUCUCUCUCUCUCUCUCUCUCUCUCUCCUGUCUGAGAUUGGUGUUUCGAAUGCUUUUGGUGCCAUGUUUAAUGCCUGUUUGUAUUGAUGAAUUGUAUUUUUCAGCAUUUGCUGGAGACCUUGUUCAACCAGUUUUAUCUGGCAGGAUUUUUAGUCCUGCGUGUGUUUUUUCAGCGUUUAGCUUUUUCCAUAAGUUAAUGUAAAAUGUUAUUUUAAAAAAAAGGGAAACGAAACUAAGUGCCCCUGUGGUACAACUGACGAUAACAUAAUGAAAUACUUCAGGAGAAUCCAAAGUGAAAACUGGGUGGGCCAAACCAACAAGCAGCGUGGGCUGACAAUCUUUCCCACUGCAUCUUCCUCUUCCUCCUCCUCCUGUGAGCUGAGACUACACAGCUUCUCCACCCAAUCAAGUCACUCCAGCAGUCGCGUUGCACACACUCCAAUCCAACAGAAGCAAACAAAUAAAAUUCAUAUUUUAACAGAA